UGAAAUGGAAUUGAGCCAAAAUAACACUCUAAUAUUUUUUGUGAACGGGAAAAAGAUCGUUGAGCCCCGUCCCAACCCUGAAGAGACGCUCCUGUCUUAUCUCCGGGAGAAGCUACGCCUCUGCGGCACGAAGUUGGGAUGCGCCGAGGGCGGAUGCGGCGCGUGCACGGUAAUGGUAUCCCGCGUGGACAGGCAGUCGCAGCUUGUGCGCCACCUGGCCGUGAACGCGUGUUUGGCGCCACUUUGCUCCAUGCACGGACUCGCCGUGACCACAGUCGAGGGUAUUGGCAGCACCAGGACGAGGCUGCAUCCCGUCCAGGAGCGCAUCGCCAAGGCACACGGCUCGCAGUGUGGCUUCUGCACGCCCGGCAUCGUCAUGUCAAUGUACGCCACUCUCCGCAACACCCAAGCGCCCACCAUGGCCGAUCUGGAGACCACCUUCCAGGGUAACCUGUGCCGCUGCACCGGCUACAGGCCCAUCAUCGAGGGCUUCCGCACCUUCACCGUCGAUGGUCUUCAGAACGGAUGCGCCAUGGGCGACCAGUGUUGCAAAGUCAACGGCGGUCCGGUGGAGACUCUGUUCGAGCCCAGUCUAUUCGUGCCCUACGAUCCCAGCCAGGAGCCCAUCUUCCCGCCGGAACUCAAGUGUUCAGACGCCCUGGAUCGCCAGAGCCUCGUCUUCCGCGGUGAACGCGUGACUUGGUUCAGACCAACAUCAAUCGACGAAUUGUUGAACCUGAAGAAGAAAUUCCCUGACUCCAAGAUCGUCGUUGGCAACACAGAAGUCGGAGUGGAAGUCAAGUUCAGAAACUGCCUCUUCCCAGUCCUCGUCUCAACAGCCCAAAUCCCAGAACUUAAUCGCAUCUCCAAAACGGAAAAUGCACUCAAGAUCGGCGCUUCCGUGCCUCUGGCCGAGAUGGAAGAAAAACUCCGGCAGUUGAUCGAGGAUCGUCCUGAGCACGAGACUCGCGCCUUCAAGGCUGUUGUCGAGAUGCUUCACUACUUCGCAGGGAAGCAGAUCAGAAACGUGGCCUCAGUCGGGGGAAACAUCAUGCACGGAAGUCCCAUCUCGGACUUGGUCCCCAUCUUCACUGCCGCGCAGAUCGAGUUGGAAGUCAUUUCUGUUGCUGGCGAACGGCGAACCCUUCGAAUGGGUCCCGGAUUCUUCACUGGCUACCGUCGGAAUCUCGUCAAACCUGACGAGAUCCUCGUGUCCUUGCUUCUUCCCAAGACUAGCGAGAAGCAACACAUUGUGGCAUUCAAGCAAGCCCGGCGUCGAGAUGAUGACAUUGCCAUCGUCAACAUAGCCGUUAACGUCAUAUUCGAGCCCCAGUCCAACAAAGUCGCGUCUUUGGAGUUGGCCUUCGGAGGAAUGGCUCCGACCGUUGUCACUGCGCCGAAAUCCUCCGCCGUGGCUCGAGGAAAGCAAUGGAAUUCAGCUCUAGUGGAAGAGAUUUCCGAUGUGCUGGCCAGUGAACUUCCCCUGGAUCCCGGAGCGCCCGGAGGAAUGAUCCUCUAUCGCAGAUCUCUCACCCUCAGUCUCUUCUUCAAGGCCUUCCUGGCCAUAGCAAAGGCACGGAAUUUCCAAAUUCCCGCAGAAGAGAUUAGCGGCGCUGAAACAUUUCACGCUCUGCCUCCGAAGUCCACUCAGACGUUCGAGAAAGUGCCCGACGGUCAGGAGCCCUGGAAUCCCAUCCGUCGUCCUCAGGUUCACGCUUCGGCCUUCAAACAAGCAACAGGAGAAGCGAUUUAUUGCGAUGACAUGCCUCGUUUCGAGAAUGAGCUCUACUUGGCUUAUGUAUUCAGCAAGAAAUCGCACGCACGAAUCCUCAAUAUCGAUGCCUCGGAAGCUUUGUCUCUUCCUGGAGUAGAGGCCUUUUUCUCCGCUAAAGAUAUCGCCCUGGACAGGAAUCUAAUAGGACCUGUAUUCCAUGAUGAAGAGUUCCUCGUCACUGACACUGUGACUUCUCAAUCUCAAAUUCUGGGCAUUAUUGUUGCGGAGAAUCAGGUUUUGGCUCAAAGAGCAACUAAAAUGGUUAAAGUGAGUUAUGAGGAUAUUGUUCCAGUGAUUGUAACAUUGGAAGAUGCCAUUCAGCAUAAGAGUUACUUUCCUGGAUAUCCAAAGGUCAUCAAGAAGGGAAAUCCUGAGCAGGCGCUCGAGGAUGCUGACCACAUUGUCGAAGGCGAAGUGAGAAUGGGUGGACAGGAACACUUCUAUUUAGAAACUCAAGCUUCUAUAGCUGUGCCACGAGAUAAUGAUGAGCUGGAGCUGUUUUGCUCCUCUCAACAUCCAUCUGAGAUUCAGAAGCUCGUGGCGCAUGUUUUGGGGAUUCCGGCUUCUAAAAUUGUGACUCGCGUGAAGAGAAUGGGCGGUGGUUUUGGUGGGAAGGAGACAAGAGGCAUGAUGACGGCGAUUCCCGUGGCUUUUGCAUCUUACAAACUGGGCUGCCCAGUGCGCUGUAUGCUGGACAGAGAUGAAGACAUGAAGAUGACGGGAACUAGACAUCCUUUCUAUUUUAAAUACCAGGCUGCAUGUACCAAAGAGGGUCAGAUAACUGCCAUCAUUGUAGAUAUUUACAACAAUGCUGGGCACUCAAUGGACUUGUCCUUUUCCAUUUGCGAACGAGCUAUGUAUCACAUCUUAAACUCAUAUUACGUAUCUAAUGCACUGGUCAAGGGCUGGGUCUGCAAGACUAAUUUACCAUCUAAUACUGCCUUUAGAGGCUUCGGCGGUCCACAAGGGAUGUUCGUGGGUGAACAUAUAAUAAGAGAAGUUGCCAGGACAGUGAACAGAGACUAUGUAGAAAUUGCUGAGCUUAAUAUGAUGCGAACUGGCCUCCGAACGCACUACAACCAGGAAGUGGAAUUGUGUCAAGUCGGCAGAUGUUGGAGUGAGUUGAUGAAAAGCUCUGAUUUCCACAGACGUCGCGAAGAAAUCAGGAAAUUCAAUGAUCAGCACAGAUGGAGAAAGCGAGGAAUUUCUAUUGUUGGCGUUCAGUUUGGAAUUUCCUUCACCACAGCAUUUCUUAACCAAUCCGGAGCCUUGGUGCACAUUUACACUGAUGGAAGUGUACUGUUGUCACAUGGAGGCACUGAAAUGGGUCAAGGACUUCACACGAAGAUGAUCCAAGUCGCUGCAACGACUCUCGGAGUGCCAUUUGAUCGGAUUCACAUCUCUGAAACGUCCACAGACAAGGUGCCCAAUACUUCAGCCACAGCGGCAAGUGCUGGAUCGGAUCUAAAUGGAAUGGCUGUGCUCAAUGCUUGUGAGAUCCUGGCUAAACGCCUAGCUCCUUACAAGAAAGAACAUCCAAAUGAGGAAUGGGACAAAUGGGUGUCUAGAGCAUACCUGGAUCGCAUUCCUUUAUCGGCUACUGGCUUCUAUGCUACUCCAAAUAUUGGAUAUGAUUUCGCCACAAAUUCUGGAAGACCAUUCAAUUACUUCACUUUUGGCGCUGGAUGUUCUGAGGUGGAGAUCGACUGCUUGACCGGCGAUCAUCAGGUGAUCAGGACAGACAUCGUGAUGGAUCUGGGAUCCAGCAUCAAUCCGGCCAUCGAUAUCGGGCAAAUCGAGGGCGCUUUCAUGCAAGGCUACGGCCUGUUCACGCUCGAGGAAAUGGUCUACGCGGCCGACGGGACGCUCCUGUCCCGUGGGCCAGGAGCCUACAAGCUUCCCGGUUUCGCGGACAUCCCGGCGGAGUUCAACGUUUCCCUCCUGAGCGGCGCCCCCAACCCAAAAGCCGUCUACUCGUCCAAGGCAGUCGGCGAACCGCCACUCUUUUCUGCGGCGUCCGUCUUCUUCGCCAUCAAGGAAGCCAUCGCUGCCGCCAGGAGUCACGAGAACCUGGGCCCCAAUUUCCCACUCACGAGUCCAGCCACAGCGGCUCGCAUCCGGAUGGCGUGCCAGGACAAAUUCACGAGAAAGUUCGCUGAACCUCAACAAGGAUCAUUUAAACCCUGGAAUGUAAUGCCUUAGUAAACUUUUUCCUUUAAUAUUAGUCCAGUUAUCAGUUAGUUGAUUUGUAAAUUUUAGUUCAUUA